AUGGAAGAUAGGCAUUUUUACCUACUUCCACUCGGCGUCUUUCAUCCGCUUCAGCACCCUGCUGGCCCUCUUCACCGUAUGAGCGUUCUCGUCUUCAUUUCGCCUAAAGCUGUCAAGUUCGCUAUCCUUGUCGGAGUUUGCUGUCUUCAAGGGUCCCCGACAUCACGACCCUACAUCUCAGCUUUGCAAAAUAUACGAGGAGAAAAGGGAGGUGAAGAGAUAGCGAGGUCAGGACGAGUCCGAAGUCAUUUACCAGAUGCUCGGAUUCGGUCCGAGAUGCAAAUGCGCGAUUAUCGCGGGAUUCCGCCCGUCUCAAGUAGCUCGUCAGCUCGUCCGUCUCAAGUAGCUCGUCAGCUCGCCCUUCCCAAGAAGCUUGUUAGCUCGCUCCUCUUCGUCAAGCUAUUCAGCUCGCCUUUAAGCUCUUCAAGCUCCUCGGCUCGUCCUCAAGCUCCUCAGCUCUCAGCUCGUCCAACUCCACGUCUAGCUAUCAGCUCAUCCCUCGACUGCAAAACUCAUCUACCUCCUCGCCUAGCGGCAGUUCGUCCAUUGACUGCAUGGUCUACCUAUCUCGUCGCCCAGCUCGUCUAG